UGGACACGAUUUUGAAACCCUCACUGAAAAUUUACUGCCAAUACUCAAACGGAAAUACAUUUUCUAUAUAAAUAUAAGGUUGGUUGCCAAAGUGGAGAAAUCAAUCAAUUUAGAUUCAAAAGGGAUAUCAAUUGAUCCAAUUCAGUAUCUAUCAUGUUCAACCUUACUACCAGAUUCCAAAACGCUGCCAAUCAAGCCUUAACCACGACCAUUGUGAUAUCAGGUCUUGUUAUUCUCCUUACUUUUAUUCAAUUAUAUCAUGAUAAUGUUUGGAAUCUAGAUUCAACUUCAUUAGAUAAUAUCAAACCUCUGGCAUCCAUCAAACAUUCCCAUAACUAUGGAUCCGUCAAUCGUAAACCUAAAGAGAAUUCCAAAGUUCAAUUUGAUUUAGAUGCUGAUUUAACCCCAUUAUUCAAUUGGAAUACAAAACAAGUUUUCGCAUAUGUUACGGCUGAAUAUCCUGGUAAAACCCCUGGUUCAUCAAAUAAAGUCACAUAUUGGGAUAGUAUUAUCGUCUAUAAAGAAGAUGCUAAGAUCCAUUUAACCAAUCAAAGAUCAAAGUAUUCCGUUUGGGAUGUGGAAAAUUCAUUUAGAGAAAGAGAGGCUAUUCUUAAACUUGAAUGGAAUAUUCAACCUUAUAUUGGUCCAUUAAUAUUUGGUGAAACAAGUUCAUCAACUAAUUUCACCUUUGCUGAAUCUCCCAAUAAGAAAAAAUCAGAAGCCGUAUAAUAGAUAGAAUAAUAACUGAUUGAUUUCUUUUUGCUAAUGAUGAUGAUGAUGAUUCUGUACUAAUUCUUUUUGCUUUUUUAACAUAUACCCUUUAGUUAAUAUCUAUAAUC